AGUGUCAGCAUUACUGUGUUGAAACAUCACUAUAGUCAUUAAGGUGAAUCGAGAUGACCUGCUUUGUGAUUAUUUGGUCUGCAUUUACUUGUAAUUGUUCAAAGGAGAACUGAACCCAAGAAAAGUCAAGAAUUUCAACUGGAUGAUUUACUCCAUUUAAGUGAUUACAACAGAGUGAAUCUCAAAAUGUCAAAGAGGGAACAUGGUUUGUGCUUUAUUCAAUACUGUAGUUGGACUUCAUGCCUACUUUACUGUUGUGUUUUCAUAAAUCUUGUAAAUGGAUACUCCGUGAAGAACUGUACCAUCAGAGGGUCUUUGAAAUAUGCAGUAAAUAUAAAUGUGUUUUGUAACAAGAGGUCCCUGCAUUUUGUACCAGGGAAUAUACCAGACAAAGCCACACAUUUGGACGUUUCUGACAAUGUCAUACAGAAGAUUAAAAAGGAGUAUUUCUCUCAGCUGUCUAAUCUGAAAAGUCUUAUUGCACAACAUAACAAGAUCCGGGAAGUGGAGGAAGGUGCGUUCAGCAGUUUGGUGAAUCUGCUGGAGUUAAAUCUGGCCUGCAACAACCUGGCAGAAAUCUUGGGAGGAAUGUUUCUGAAUCUGGGAAAUCUCACUGUGUUAGAUCUGAAUGAGAACUUUAUCACAAAUAUAAACUUCUCUGCAUUUUCACCCCUGGUCAGUUUGAGAAAAGUAAAUCUGUCCAGAAAUCAUCUGAAUAAAAUAAGCCAAAUUCAGCCGCUCUUUUUAUUACCACAAUUACAGGAAGUGCACAUUGGGAUUAACGGCUUCACCUCUUUUCAGACCUCGGAGGUGUCCAACAUUUCUUUGAGACUGAAAGUCCUGGAUUUAUUUAAAAAUCCUUUGAAAGUGUUCAGUAUCACUGCAGAUAUUUUCCCUCUCCUUGAUAAUUUGGUCUUGGCUUUUAUUACUGAAAACAUGACAUGGGAUGUGCAGGACAAAAGGUAUCUACAAAGUGUGCAACAUCUAAAUCUAAGUGGACUACAAUUGCCCCUGGAGAAGAUCACAGAUCUCUUACAAACUUUCAACUCUUCUUUGGUCAGCCUUCGGCUACAUUCUCUGGGGGAUGUAAAAGUGAGAACUUUGAUUAGGAACGUCUGUCUGAUUUCAUCUUUGAAAUUUCUAGGCCUGCAGUGGAACAACAUAAUAUCCAUAUCAAAAGACGAGAUGCAGUUCUGCACACAGUUAACUGAGCUAGAUCUCUCCAACAACAGACUAUACAGCGUCCCUGCUAUCGUCAGCAGCCUACCAGGUCUUCAUCUUUUGGACCUCAGCUUCAACCAGAUAAAGAACAUAAGUUGUGUUGAUUUUUCCAAUUUAACUCAAUUACGGACCCUUCAGAUUAUCAGAAAUGAUAUAUCUCUUAUUGAAAAUUUUGCUUUUAAAGAUCUGAAAAACUUAGUGACACUAACAAUUGGAUCUAACAGACUCUUGCUCAAUGGAUAUUUUAAAAAAGAUCUUCAUAAACUUGAGAGUUUGGAUAUGGCAAAUAACAAGUUGGACUCUGUCCAUAGUGGAGAUUUUGAGUCCUUAAAAUCCCUGAGGAAUUUGUCUCUAUCAGACAAUCAAAUAUUGUUUAUUGAACCAGGGUCCUUCAAUGGAUUGACAAAUUUAAUUUUCCUGAAUUUGCAAUCAAACAAGCUCUCUCAGAGUUCAUUAAAAGAUUUAGUGUUCUCCAGUCUCCCAAACCUGAAAACACUUCUGUUGAACAAUAACUAUUUUUCAUAUGACAGUCAAGAGGCUCUAGCACAACCACCCUUUCAACAUCUGAAAAAGCUAAAGACUCUGAAUAUUUUUAGCCAAGGUCAUAAAGGAAUGCGCUAUUUACCCUCAAACCUUUUCAAGGGUCUGUGGUCUUUGGAAGAACUUCAAGCAGAGAAUCUUAAUAUAAAUGAUUUACAUCCAGACACAUUUACUUACACUCCUUAUCUGUGGGCACUGGAUCUCAGCAGAAAUGAUUUUAUUUCACUCACAACAAAACAAUUUCUGCCACUUAAGGUCCUCAAGACACUCCACCUGUCCAAAGUUGGCUUGCAAUCUUUGGACUUUCUCAUUAACGCAAAUUUCAGUAAACUGCAUCUGUUGCAUGUAAGCAAGAAUGCAUUAUCAGUCAUUAAUGAAACUUUGAUCCAGUCUCUUCCAACACUGAUUUACCUUGAUCUACAAGCAAAUUACCUCUCAUGUGACUGUACUAAUGCCUGGUUUGUAAACUGGGCCAUAAGUAGCAAUGAUACAGAAGUUGAGGGUGUUUAUGAACUCACAUGCAAUUACCCAGACAAACUCAAAGGACAUAAACUCCUGGAUCUUGAUGUAGGUUCAUGUAAUGUAGAUGUUGGGUUUUUCUGUUUCAUUUCCACAAGCACACUAGUUUCACUGACCCUACUCGGCUCUUUUCUCUUUCACUUCCUCAAAUGGCAGGUUAUGUAUGCGUACUACCUUCUACUUGCUUUUCUUCAAGAUAACAAACAGCAGAGAAAGCGCAAUGGUUUGCAAUAUGAUGCUUUUAUUUCCUACAAUGUGCAUGAUGAAUUUUGGGUUAUGAGGGAGCUGUUACCUCAGUUGGAAGGCGAGCAAGGCUGGAAGCUGUGUCUGCAUCACAGGGACUUUGAACCAGGCAAACCUAUCAUGGAUAAUAUUGUUGAUAGCAUUUACAACAGUCGUAAAACUAUCUGUGUGAUUAGCCGUCACUACCUGGAAAGUGAGUGGUGUUCCAGAGAGAUCCAAGUUGCUAGUUUCCGUCUCUUUGAUGAGAAAAAAGAUGUUCUUAUCCUGGUAUUCUUGGAGAAUAUUCCAUGUCAUCAACUGUCUCCGUAUUACAGAAUGAAGAGACUAAUCCAGAAGAAGACAUACAUCAGCUGGCCUAAACCAGGAGAGGACACCAGGGUCUUCUGGCAGAAACUGAGAGUAGCUCUGGAAACCAAAGGCACUUCAGAAAUGGAGCAUCCUAUUGGUUGGGAUUUAGGGGUCAACUAACU